AUGCAGAAACAGCUGGUGCCGAAGAAGGGGACGCUGUGUGUGCGGUGCUGCGGAGGGCUGGUUUUCAAGUCCUUCCAGUUUGAGGCGCGGAAGUACGAGUGGCAGCAUGUGUGUGUGUCUCUGGAUCUGGAAGGGGAUGUGCUGCGGGUCAUGCUGGAUGGAGUGGAACACACCACAAGCCUCGGAGAAGCGAAGAGAAGAGCUACUGACGAAGGCACACUACUGGAAGUGGCUGGCGGAGGGCGGCUGGUGGUGGGACAGAAGCUUCACUCCCUUGACGGUGACUUCAUGUUCCUGGAGACCCUAGACGGGGAGGUGGGGGAAUGGAAAAUAUACCCUGAGGCCCUUCCAGGAGACACAAUGUUGAUAUUUAGCACCUGCCACGACGCUCCUAGCCUCCCCAUGCCCUUGUACGACCUUCAAGACGGCCGCUUAGAAGUUGUCGGGGAAGCCAGCACCAGCAACGUGUCCCUAAAGGCUCUGUGUGAUAAGGAAACUAGGGAAUUUUAUCUGUUUUUCCCCGUUUGGAUGACCUAUAUAGAAGCGAGACGAUGGUGCAGGAAGCUUAAAGGAUCUGUAGCGCUCCCUAAGGACUCUGAAACCAAUGCCCUCUUGGUGGAUAGGUUCAUAAGACACCGAGACACCUGUGCGCAGACCUGGACGCAUUUGUUUUGGGUAGACGCUGAAGGAGAGGGUAAAGAAGGCCCGUGGAGGACUACUGAAGGGGAGCUGCUGUCCUUCACCCCCUUCCUGCAGGAGGAUUCAGCGGGGCAAGAAGAUGUCCAGUGUGCUGCGGCGGUGUCCCAUAACAGAAAGAAAUGGGCUGUCAGUCCUUGCCAGAUGGAGACCUGCGUGCUCUGUGCCUUCAACAUCCACCCGGAGAUAAGGCUGUAUGGUCUCUGCGAUCACUCCUCCCUGGACCGCCUCUUCUCCUUCCGCGACCACCCGAAAUAUGAACUAAUUUUCGAGGGCGUCUCCCAUGUGGUCUUGGCUGCUCAGAACGGGUCGUGGGUGAUGCGCAGUCGCCUCUACCUGUCCCUGAAGGCUGUGAUGGUGACGCAGUACGAGGGGCAGGAUCCUGUUGGUGUGCGCACGUGGGUUGUUGAAGGCGACAGAUGCAGGGAGAAGGAGAUCCAGCUCCUUCUGACCUCCUGUAGCCACGAGGAGUACACCUGCGAUGACGGGUCCUGCGUAGCUAGGACAGACAGGUGUGACAGACGCGUGCAGUGCCCAGACCACAGUGACGAGAAGGGCUGUUCCGUGGUCCUCCUCCCCCCUGGAUACUCCCCGUCGUUACCCCCGCCCCCUGUCAACGCCUCAGCCCUCCCUAUCGCCCUCAGCCUCGCCGUCACGUCAGUUAGGGAGUUUGACCUCAGCUCGUUCACCAUCAGUAUAGACGUGACCCUCAAGCUUCUCUGGAGGGACCAAAGGCUGCGCUACAGUAAUCUUGUCGGGGAUUACCGCACCAAUAAACUCAAGGGCUCCACAAAGGUGUGGGUCCCUAACCUGGAGCUGACGGACGGCACUCGCAGCACAGUGGCCGCCAAGGAACACUCCACGGCCACUUAUGUCCUGCGUCGCUCCGGCUCACUCCCUGACGACGACGCCACACUCAGGAGGGACGUGAUGUACAGCGGCAGACACAACCCGCUGUACCUCUGCCGUGACCUCACCCUGACCUUCAAGUGCCACUUCCACCUGCAGAUGUACCCCUUUGACCUUCAGGAGUGCCACGUCCUUCUCAGCCUCCACGAUAUCACUGACCACGUGGGGGUACUCGUGCAGCAGGAUGAAGGCGUUGUGUUUGAGGGCGCUAGACACUUGCUAGAAUACACACUCUUGCACGAGGAACUGGAGGUGUACAGCGAGGCGAACCUGAGUCACGCCAGGGUUAUGUUCAUGUUUCACAACCAGUUCAGUUACUACAUCGCCAACACCUUCCUGCCGACCCUCAUCCAGGUGCUAAUUGGUCUCGCCACGCUGAAGUUUGACGUGGCAGACUUCCAGGAUCGAAUAAUGGUUUCCCUCACGUCACUGCUGGUGCUGGCUACCUUCUUCACGCAGACCAGCCAGAGCAUCCCUAAGACGUCAUACUUGAAGCUCAUAGACGUGUGGUUUGUGGCCGUCAUCUUCCUGGACUUCGCUAUGAUCAUGUCUAUUGUUUACGUUGAGAUCCUUCGCUUGAGAAUCAAACACCCUGUAGGAGGUUUCUUCACCAAAGUCGCCCCGAUGUCAGAGCCCCCGUCAGGUUGCUUUGCCUCGUGUAGGAAGGCUGACUCCAGGAGGGACGCUUUCUUCCUCAGCACUAGCAGGCCUGAAGAGGUCAAUUUCUGGAUGUUUAAGCUCUUUGCGUGGGCUGUGGUGGCGACUGUAGCGACCUUUGUGUGUGUGUGUAUGUAUGGAGUUUUGGACGAGCACUAGCACCGUAUUCUGAAGCACCUCUGUACCGCAUCUCACUUACACUACAUUCAAAAAGGCUCUGAUUGAAGUGACACGUGUUUUCAGUGGUGAUUUUUAGGGUUCGAGUGAGAUGUACUAUAUAAAAGAAAUUAAUAUGUAGACGUUAUUCUUAUGCAUUUUUCAUAUUUUGGUGAAUGUUGAAUGUUCUCCUUUCUUUAACCCUUUGACUGACACCUGGCACACCUUUCCCUCGUUGCCAAUCACUUUGAAAUCUUUAAAUUAGCUAGAUAUUACAAAAUGUAUUCCUUUCCACCUAUGUCCUUCUUACAGAUGUUUAGAUAGAGAUUUAAUACAUAUGAUGGUGAUGAUUGUCUCGUAGUGAAGUGAAAAUUAAGGUUAGCUUGAUUUAGUAUAGACAAUCGUUAAACCGUAUGUGUGAUGUUACAUACUUAAUAGUAGUGUGUACGAAAUAUAACCUAAUGUAACCUAAUGUAUUCUCUAGU